AUUGUCUUCGCUUUAUCAUGUAUAUUUGAGCGAUGUUGGAAGGGACAUUCACAUCUGUAGUCCUAGGGGUGUAAGUUUGGCUUCCAUACGUCUGUGGUGUACGAAAAUCUAACUGUUGUGGGCCUGCGUGUUGUUGGUCGAGUGAGGACACUGCACUUGGGCAUGUUGGGGGACGAUUGGCGUGGAACGUUACUUGAUAGUGAUACUUCUUUUCUUGCGAGUAAGCGGUUGGACGAGUAGCCUAGCUCAUACAUGUACGUAUAAUAGGUCUACAUUAACUCUGGUUGCUGUCUUUAAUUUGAUGCUACAGAUAAAUCAUCAUGGCAACUAAAAAGAGGGGUCUACAAAGUUCCAAGCAAAGAUCCAAUUCAUCUCCAGAGUUACAGCUUCAAGUCGUUGAUAGCAGCUUCGGAGACAGACUUGGGCAAGUCAAGAAGAAUGCAGACAGAGUCAGGAGUGGCAAUGAGAAUAAUGGAUCUUUGCAGCAGACACUGAUGGCAACUUCUGGUGAGGGCUCCAAACACAUAGAUGCCUCAGAACACAUCAGCAGAAUCUCUAGUUUGACCACCACUUCACAGUCUGAUGCAGUUCUGUGCAGUUCAUGCGGCAAGACCACCUUUGGAGGUACAGAUAAGACAUCGCAACCGGCAGUCAGGCCUAAGAUUCGCAACUUCAAGGCAAAGAGCUUAUCACGGCAGAGGCAGAGACAGCCUCCAGCAGAUCGUGUCAUAAUGACUGUGGAUGACAAUGCCGACACUGUGCACUCUUCAAGCUCAGAGACAGAAGAAGCAGCAGUUGCCCCUAAACAAGCUAAAAAGCAUGGCUUCAGUCGUGUUGCUAGUGCACUUGUUGCAAGGUUCCGACUCAAGACACAAAGGCACCAUCGCAGAGGCUCCACUAGUGAUUCUGACUCAUCGUCAAGUACCAACGACAUUAAGAUUGAGUCUCCUCGCCCUCGAUCUAAAUCAUUUAGUGGUCGAAUCAUGCGCAAGUUUGCCACAAAAGAGAAAGCAAGUAUUGAAAGAGACUCACCCAGUCACAACCUAACAAAGAGAAAAGCACACUCCCAUGCCAGUCGCAUCCAGUCCUGUAUUGGAGUUGUCUUUGCAGGAAAUGCAGUGGCAAAGCAGAAAGGAAAAUCCUCCAAAAAUGAAAAUGAUUCACAGAAGGCAAGGCGAUACAUCCCAGUUAUCAAUCUAGAUGACUUCAAUCCAGACGAUUAUCCAAUUGAAAGCGAGGAUGACAUUCAGAGAGUCCUACGUGAACAAGAGAUCCGUGAUGGUGUGGACCCACCUCCAGGUUUUCAACCCCAUUUUUUUGCUGAGGCCCAAACACAUUCGGAGCCAUCUGCUAAAGUGACUGAUACAGAAAAACCAUAUCAUCAUACAUGUACAAGUAAAAUGAGGGAGGUAACAGUUACAAAUAGUUGUAGUGCCUUAACCUCUGUAGCUAGUCCUGUAGUACAUGGGCCAAGCCACACGACAGCAAAUAUCUAUGACCAGUAUGGUUCCCUAACACCAGAGGGAAACUACAUUCCUCGGACAGUGCAUACCCAGAUUGACUACAUGCACUGUUUGGUGCCUGACCAAAAGAGCAUCAUUGGAAGUAGCUUCUACUGGGGUAAAAUUGAUCGAUUUGAGGCCGAUCAACUUUUAGAAAACAAGCCAGAGGGGACAUUCUUGUUGCGAGACAGUGCCCAUGAUGAGUUUGUCUUCUCUGUCAGUUUUCGACGGUAUGGUCGUACUCUGCAUGCUCGGAUUGAACAGUGGAAACACAAGUUUAGUUUUGAUGCUCAUGAUCCAGGGGUAUACUCUUCAGACACAAUCAGUGGUCUACUCAAACAUUACAAAGAUCCUACUUUCUGUAUGUUCUUUGAACCUAUGCUGACCAUUCCACUACCUAGACCAAAUCCACCUUCACUGCAGGAACUUGCAAGAGCCACAAUUUGUUCAUAUACUACAUAUGAUGGUAUUGCACAUCUAGCAUUGCCACGGACAUUAAAAGAGUACGCACGGGAAUAUCAUUACAAACAGAGGGUUCGUAUGAGACGAUUUGAGGUACCGGAAAUGCCAGUAGUUACAGAACAAAGGGUGGGGGUCAUCACCAAAACAUGCAUUUCCCGGUAAAUAAUUUCUCACAGCUUAUGUUUCAGCAAACAAGGCAACAGAAAACAGAGGCUUGGCCAGGUACAUGUACAUUUAAAGAACAAACUGAAAUCUAUUUUGAGUCUUUGUGAGAAGAUAAAAAUGGUUGACUGUAUACAAAAAAUUAAUAAAAAAAUACAUUAGUUUGCUUCUCAUUCACGUUUGCUUCUCAUUCACUUUGCAUAAUGGAACUUGCUUGAUUUCGCUCCUGUCCCUGUCAAAUAAAAUAUCAUACAUGUACAUGUAACUGUAUGCGUGUGUACAUGUCCAUGGUUUGGUUUCCAACUGAAAAUGUUUGGAGUGUGUCAAAAGAUUCUUGAGUAGACAGCAAUGCUACUAAACAUGUGAAACCUUUCAGUGAAAUUUCUUGGUGUAUUUUGUUCGAUAAAGAGAAAACCUGGAGAUGGAGCUUUGUCCAAUUCAUGUUUAAAUAUGCCAACUUCAAAUUGUCAAAAUAUUUACAUACAUGUAGAAAUGUAGGCUUCUACAUGUAUUUGGCACACAUCUAGCAGCAUUUGAAACAGUGUCCAAAUUUGUCUUCUGCUAAAUGAAGGUGUCUUGAGUUGCCGAAGCUGUAAGCUUUUACAUGGACAUGUGUACAGAGUAUUCAAGAACACCAAAAUAUGAUACCACACUGGCUAAUUGGUCAAAAUUUCACCACCUACAUGUAGUAUUGCAAUGCAAGAGUUUAGGCAGUGGUGUCUUGGCAAUUCCACUCCCACAGAAAGAUACAUCUUGCUUGUGGGGCUGUUUUCAAAUGCCACACACAUUAACUGUAUUAUCUCUGACUUUUAGUGUGGAAAAGAUGUGUAUUCAUGAUUAAAAUGAUACAUACAUGUAUUUACUGUGACUUCAGUGACAAGAAAAAUGUAUGUAUUUGACUCAGUACAAGAAUACCUGUACUUUUAAAUGCUGAAUAUUUUGUACCCAUAGGUAUUUGAUAGUACAAGUUAAUAUAUUUUUGAAAUGAAUAUGAUAAACGGGUAUUAACUGCUGUACACCAUUUACGCUGUCCAAGUACAUACCGUACAUGUAUUGAUGAUUUCUACAAAGAUGAAAUACAGACCUACAGUAGGAACAGGCAAGAUGAUAAGAGAAAUUGUGUUUGUAUGAUUGCCAAGGGUACGGACGUGUGCGUAUCCAUGACUUACAUUUAUCUUCAGUGCAAAAAUUAUGCAAAACCCCUCUUACUGCAAUUUUACAUACUGUACAUGAACCUGAAAUAUUUCUGCACAUACACUACU